AUGGCUAGCAAGGCGGAGAAAAAGUUAGCAGCGGACCUUCUGACGAGACGACGAGCGUGUGCUGAACGAGAUGUGGUGGAGAAGUUCGUAGCGGAUUUCACCUAUGAACGGGAUUGUUGCCAGGUUGCGGUACGUUUGGAGGCGCUCAACAAGUGCAACGAACUCUUCUUGAACGUGCAGAACGACAUCGAGAUGGGUGACAGCGAAGAACGGUUUGAAACACACCUGGAAUUCCGUGCUGAUUUUGAGGAUCGAUUCUGCAGGGCGAAGGGUUUUUUGCUGUCCAAACUGGAGAGUAGGGAGCAUCCGUUGAGUUCGACGAUCAUCCACGCAUCGGCUUCUCAUAGCAUGUCUUCCAGCUUUCAUCAUCGUCUGCCAAAAAUCGAUUUGCCGAAGUUUAGUGGAGAUGAAUCGCGCUGGAUCUCAUUCCGUGAUAACUUUCUCUCGAUGAUCCACUGCAACGAGGACAUACCGAUCGUCAACAAGCUGCAGUAUCUGUUGCAGUCGUUGGAAGGAGAGGCAAGAAAACCGUUCGAGUCUGUGGAUAUCCAAGCCGAUAAUUAUUCGUCGACGUGGGACGCGCUUAAGAAGCGUUACGAUAACAAGCGAUUCCUCAGAAAGGAGCUGUUUCGAGGCCUGUACAACCUUCCACCGAUCCAGUAUGAGUCAGCCCAAGACCUCAACACACUGGUUGAUGAUUUCCAGCGACACGUUAAGGCUCUGGGGAAGUUAGGCGAACCGAUCGAGCAUUGGGACACUCCGCUCAUCUUCAUCCUGUCAAACAAGUUGGAUUCGGCGACGAUUCGUGCAUGGGAGCAAGAUACUCGACAGAAGGACGAGGUGAAAUACGACGAGCUCAUCGAGUUUCUCAUCCACCAGGUCCGGAUGUUGAAAUCCGUGGACAGCGAUCUCCAGCAUCGUUCCUCAGUGCCCACCGCUUUCAAGGUGGCCGGACAAAUCACGAAGAAACCAGUUCCCAUCCGAUCUGUCGUGAACACAGCUACGUCCGAAACUCAAUCCAGUACUUCGCCAUGCCACUGUUGUUUGAGAACACAUCCGCUUCACCAAUGUCCAGCAUUUUCGAACCUAUCAAGCUCCCAACGGCGAGAGUUUGUGACACAGCACAGUCUUUGCUGGAAUUGCUUUCGCGCAAACCACCGGGCAACAUCCUGCAAAUCUAAGUUUCUGUGCAGGAUUUGUCAAGCAAAACACCACACCAUGUUGCACGACCACCAAAUAUCACAUCUAGAGCAACUCUCUACUGAGGAACCACAUCCCGUACAAGCGAAUCCAGGCCCCAGUAGAUUGCUUAGCCCCCCAACAGUAAAUCUUUCCGUGCAUUCUGAUUCAACCGUUCUCUUGGAGACAGUCUCGCUGUUAGUAGUCGACCGAUACGGCAGAAAGAUCCAAGCACGAGCUCUACUUGAUUCUGCAGCGAUGUCAAAUUUCAUCACCAAGAAGCUGGCGAACGAGCUCGCCACCCGUCAAAGUCCCGUGGACAUCGCAGUUGCCGGAAUUGGAGAGUCAGUCAAGCGUAUCAAGCACAAGUUAGCUGCCAAGAUCAUAUCCAGGAACAGCGACUUCUCCACCACACUCGAUUUCCUCGUCAUGAAGAAGCCAACCUCCCAUCUUCCCACAUCCCCGAUCGAUACAACUGCCUGGAAAAUGCCAAAGGUUCCAUUGGCGGAUCCUCAGUUCCACGUUCCAGCAACAAUCGACAUAAUCAUCGGUGGAGAAUGUUACCACGAGUUCUACACAGGCGUACGCCACUCUCUUGGUGAUAAUUCUCCGUUUUUGGUGGACACCCUCUUUGGCUGGACAGUUUCUGGCAAAGUGGAUUCCAGCUCCACCACCGCACCGCGAGCGUGCUUCCUCUCCACCGUUGAUCAAACCCGAGAAACGAUCCCUGGGGAGUUCCGGCCAAUGGAAACCGCCGAUGGGAGCCUGAGAACGGAAGCUGAACCCUCCACCACUCAAAUCCACGAAAAAGGAUCCGUCGCCCGCCAUUCCCGGCCCAAUAAUCCUAAAACCACCCUUGGAGAUUCGAACACGAAGGCCACACAACGUAACUCCACCAGAAAUGCACACCACAAAAUCCCUGGAAGUCACGCUCAGCCCGGAAAAAGGCACCGCAUCGAUUCUGUUGACGACAAACCACACUGCUAUCUGCCACAUCACCCGGUGCUCAAGGAAGCCAGCAAAACCACCAAUGAACGCGUGGUAUUCGACGCAUCCUGUGAGCCCAAUUCAAGAUACGCGCUCAACGAUACGCUGCUCGUCGGUUCCGUCGCUCAACACAGUCAGCUGUCCAACACGCCUUCAAGCGCCGCUAAGGUCAACGACAAAGGAGAAGACGCUGCCUGUGAAUCCUGCUGCUACUUUGUCCCUUUAGCCAAGCAGCCGUCAGUUACCUGUCUGGGGUUAUGCGCACCUGUCCUGCCAACGGAAUUCCGCAUACCAAAGCCGCCACGACAUCGUUGGAGAACUAUUGCUGCUAAUCGGUUAACUGCUAUCCAGAAGGAUACUGAUGGGCUCAGUAGGAGACGCGUUCCGGAAGUGCACAUCACAGCUAGUGAACUGUCCAGGUAUCUACAUUCCUCCAACUUCCCCGAAAACCCUGCAUGGCAAUCGUCGUUAUUGGAAAACUGGCCCUGUUCCGCCACCUCACGGCCACUCGAUCGCUCUACAAGACUUCAUCAAGGUCGAGAUGGAGUCAUUCAGUCAGCCAAGCGAGAUUGUCAUCUUAUUCACCGCCAGCAGUCAACAGGUCAACGUGACAACCCCCGACAACUAGUACAAAGCUACAAAGACCGGUAG